CUUCACUUUCACUUGUGCACUCACUUGUGCAUUCACUUCUUAUUAACUUCUUCUUUCUUCUAGUAGAACAGUCAGAUUGUCUAAACCUUGCUUCUAAUACUUGCCUCCCCCCCCCACACCACCUUUUACCCCCGACCUGCGCGCAUACCUUUGCCCGCCUCCCAUCAAAAGUCGGCUACCAUCCCUUGACUGCUGCGGAAUAAUAUCCCAUCUUCUUGAAGGCGCGUGAGCUGGAGAUUGCCUCUUUUCCCGCAUUAUACGUCAUUCAAACCAUGGAGUCGCAGCCAGCCCAGGCGCCAGCCCAGGCGAUGAGCGCAGAUGAAAUUGCGCUAUAUGACCGCCAAAUCCGCCUCUGGGGAGUAAAGGCUCAAGAAAAGCUGCGAUCCGCGAAUAUCCUACUUAUCACUUUCAAAGCUCUGGCGAACGAGGUCGCCAAAAACCUGGUGCUUGCGGGGAUUGGUUCUCUUACCAUCAUCGACCAUGAGAGUGUGACGGAGGAGGAUCUCGGCGCGCAAUUCUUCGUGAACGAGGAUUGUAGAUGCCAGAAUCGAGCACAAGCUGCAGCGCCGGCCAUUCGUGCCAUGAACCCUCGGGUUCAGCUCCACAUCGACACCGAAGAUGUUCACCUCAAACAACCGGAGUACUUUGCACAGUUCGACAUCACGAUCGCCACAGAACUUGACUUCCACACUUACACGACCAUCAAUGCCGCGUGUCGGAUAGCCAACCGGCCCUUCUACGCCGCCGGGCUGCACGGUUUCUACGGCUUCGUCUUCGCCGAUCUGAUUUCCCACGACUUUGUGAUCGAGAGGUCCAAAUCCAACGUGGCCUCGGUCACCCAGGAGACCCCGACGCGGAGUAUCCUCAACAUCACCACCAAGAAGGAGAACGAGAAGGUCAUUGAGAUGGUGACCAAGCGCGAGGUGUACUCCCCUCUGAUCUUGGCCAACACCUCCCCGCUUCCCGAGGAAUUCACGCGUCUGCCCCGCAAACGCAAGCAAGUCACCCCGCUCCUCACCUGUCUCCGCGCGCUGUGGGAGUACCAGAAACUCUCCGCCGGCGCGCUGCCGACAUUCUCCCACCAGGACCUCGAGGUCUUCACCAAGCUCGCGCGAGACGGCCACCAGGAACUGAAACUGGACAUCGCAACCCUCGACGCGGAGUUCCUGCGCACCUUCUUGCAGAACCUGAACAACGAGUUGAGUCCCGUGGCGGCCUUCGUCGGGGGCAGUCUGGCACAGGAUGUGAUCAAUGUGCUCAGUGCACGCGAACAACCCCUCCAGAACAUGCUGCUGUUCGACGGUGAACGUUUGACCGCUCCCAUCUACCCUCUGCACCCUAUCUUCCCGCCCGAGGUCGACAAUAUGCUCCCCGCUGUGAUUCCAGUCCCGAACCCAAUCCCCUUGGACGGGGCACCCGCCCUGGCACCUUGAUGAGCCCCACAAGCAGCCUGCAGAGGAGGAUAAAAGAAAUGAAGAGGCGCCGAGAUAUGGAAAGGCAAUCAACUCUUCUGGAGUUUUGGUGCCGAAAAUGAAAAGGGUUCAC